CGGCCCGGGCUCUGUGCUCACGGCGCCCGCGCGCCCCGGCCCCGGCCCCCUCCCCGCCCGGCCAUGCCGGCGCCCGUGCCGCCCACCGAGCUGGUGCCGUCGGAGCGCGCCGUGGUGCUGCUGUCGUGCGCGCUCUCCGCGCUCGGCUCGGGCCUGCUGGUGGCCACGCACGCCCUGUGGCCCGACCUGCGCAGCCAGGCGCGGCGCCUGCUGCUCUUCCUGUCGCUGGCCGACCUGCUCUCGGCCGCCGCCUACUUCUACGGGGUGCUGCAGGACUUCACGGGCCCCUCGUGGGACUGCGUGCUGCAGGGCGCGCUCUCCACCUUCGCCAACACCAGCUCCUUCUUCUGGACGGUGGCCAUCGCCCUCUACCUGUACCUCAGCAUCGUCCGCGCUGCGCGUGGGCCCCGGGCCGGCCGCCUGCUCUGGGCCUUCCACAUCGUCAGCUGGGGGGUUCCGCUGGCCAUCACCGUGGCAGCUGUCUUUCUAAAGAAGAUCGGCUACGACUUCUCGGACGUGUCCGUGGGCUGGUGCUGGAUCGACCUGGAGGCGGAGGACCGCGUCCUGUGGAUGCUGCUGACCGGGAAGCUGUGGGAGAUGCUGGCCUACAUCACGCUGCCCGUGCUCUACCUGCUCAUCCGGAAGCACAUAAACAGAGCGCACGAGGCGCUCUCUGAGUACCGGCCCAUCGUCUCCGAGGCACACCAGCUUCAGCGCCACACCUCUGUAGCCGAUAAGAAGCUGGUCCUCAUCCCACUCAUCUUCAUUUUCCUCCGGGUCUGGAGCACCGUGCGAUUCGUCCUGACCCUCUGUGGCUCCCCGGCGGUGCGGACGCCAGUGCUGGUCGUUCUGCAUGGUAUCGGGAACACAUUUCAGGGAGGCGCCAACUGCAUCAUGUUCGUCCUCUGCACCCGCGCCGUCCGAACUCGGCUCUUCUCUCUCUGCUGCCGCUGCUCUUCCCAGCCUUCCGCUGAGAGCUCGGCUGGCCCGCCCCAGGCUCCUGCGCCCUCCAAGACGGGAGAACCGCAGGGCCCCAGACGGACCCCAGAUGAACUUCCGAGCACCUGAGCUCUUCUCUUCCUAGUUCUUGCAUAGGUGCUGCCUACCUGGGGACAGGCGGUCUCUGAGUCCCUGCCGCCAGAGCGGCUGGAUGUCUGCUGCACUGUAACCUCCCGCCAUGGAGGCUCUUGCCCCCUGGCGGGGGCAGCCGCAAACUCAGCUUCUUCUACCUCCUAGAGCCUCCGGCGGCCCGUCUCCUCACAGCCGCGUCCCACUGCACUUGGGGUGUUUGUUUGCGUGAGGGUUGGCAGUGAGAGUCAGGGAAACCAGGGGUCUGUGGUCACUGCCAGGUUGCCUCAUGGUCCAGUGGUCGUUGGCCUCUUGACCACACAGCACUGUUUACAAUUUGAGGGACCCACUCCUGUGGGAAAAGCAUGAAGAGAGACAUACGCUGUGCCCCCAUCCUAAAUAAAAUGUCAGGGUACCAGAGUAUCCCCCACCUAGAAACCAUGGAGCAGAUUCCUGGCUUGUCAGGGCAUUGAGAUUCCCUGGAGAGCCAGGCUUUCCUUGGAUAGCUUUGCUGGUCAACAAAAG